AUGAAGCAAAAAAUUAAGCCACUGUUAUUUAUUAAAAUUGUUACAUUUAUUAUUUUAAGUUGGAUAUAUCAAUUUGACGUUUAUUUGAGUAUGCAUAAUAAAUCAUUGAAUGAAUGCUAUAAUCAUCGUAGAAAAAUUUAUACAACAAAUUAUCGUUUAUUGGCAAAAUAUAAGCAGGAUAGAGAUUUAAGUUUUUUCUGUUUAAAAGAAGAGUCUCCAAAUGGCGUGAACUAUAAAGAAGAUAUAUCUAGUAAUGAAGAAGGUGAAGUAGGAAAAAAGAAACACAUAAAUGGAAGUUUAUCAACAAAUGCAAGACGCAAUAAAAAAAGUCUGAAUAAUAAAUCUUGUAUAUUUGAAACAAAAAAAUAUUCCCAUUUAGAAAAGAAAAUAUUCAAGGAACUUGAUUACGUAGAUUUUCUUAAAAACAGCAGGACAAUUAGUGAUAAGAUUUACAAAAAAAUAUUGCUUAAAAAAUGCGGAUUACGAAUAGCUUUACCUUUAUUGCUGUUUUUGGUAUUAGCAGUAUCAUUCAUAUUAGAUCAUUUUUGUGGAUGUGGGCUUUCGCGUGGUUUGUUUAAAUUAAUAAUUCUUCUUUCACCUUCCGUAACUGUUAGUACUCUUACUCGUAAUCCAUUGUUUUCACAUAUUGAUAAUAUUACAAAUGUGUUCGAAAAGUCAGAAAUUUCUUCCGCCUUUGCAUACUUAUAUGCCUUUUUGACGAAGCCAUCUUUAAAUCCGUUCACAAAAGCUUUGGUAGAAACAUCAAAUGCUGGAGUACGCAAAGUGAGAAACUACUGUGUAUCAGGUUUUUUGGGAUUUCUUAUAUAUUUUGUGCCUAUCUUCAUAUUAAGUAUAAUUCUUAUAUCAGGACUUAUUUAUUAUCAUAAAAAAGUUAAAAAAUAUGAAAAAAUUAAAUACAUGAAAAGGUAA